AAACGGGCUUUACUUUGGCUCUCACUGGUUCAUUUGGAUGAAACGUGAACUCGGGUCACGUGGGCAAAGGUAGAGAGACGGCUCUGAGGCAUCAGGCUUUCAAACUACAGACCCCGCUGUACUAAUUAGCGGAGGAUUCUCUCAAAUACCACAUUAAUGUCAAUGGCUUCACUCAGAGGACGCGGCGGCGGAGGGAGCUGGCUUUGAGGCCUGCAGAGCGGCUUCUUACAGCCCACAUCAUAGAAGCUCCCUGUGGGAGUCACUGUACAACCUCCACCCUCUGAAGACGGCUGCAACGCGCACCGCGUUCAGACAGAAGCCACUCUGACUAGUGAGCAAACGUGCAGAAUUUCCUAAAUAUUAAACGUGCACCGUGCUUGUUUUGCAUAUCCUCGUGCAUUCGAUCUCUAAUGUGGCUGAACAUAAUUACACAUUCCCAUCGCAGUGUUUUCCUCGCGUCCCAGUAGGAGGCUGCGCUUUCGGCGUCUAAAGCCUCUUGUUCACGCUUCAUUUCCUGUUCCUGAGCUGAAUCGUAAUCAAAAGCCGAGACAGCAAGUUUGCCUUACGCAAAACGAGGGUCAGAGAGCGGAGGUCAUGCUGCUCUCGCUAUGGUUGAUUUUCACAAACGCUCAGAUUUACUACAGGAGAACUUAUUACCACAGCAGAAUAAUAAGCCCUCUGCAAAUGACACGAAGCCCCUGGUGACGGCCUGAGGUCUGGGCCGUGUGACCUCCCCGCGGCCCGGGAGCCCGUGUACAGUAGCAAUCAAUAGCACUGAGCAGGGCCCAGAGUUUUUAUUAUCUGCAGGGCCGGGACUUGAGGCCCCGCUGUAGUGACUAAUCUAAUUGGAGCCGACACAAACUCCCAGGCUGCGCAGAGAAAACAGAGAGAAGACAGAGAUGUCAGGAGGAUCUUCAUAAAUAAAUAGUCAAAGACAGUUUUACUGCCCUCCUUCCAUCCGUGCAUCUUAAGAUCCAAAUAAAGGCUAGUUGCUGUGCUCUUGUACUAUGUUAUGUACAAACAAGUCAGUUCAGGCAUUGCUCUGUGUCCAUGCAGGCGUCACACUAGGCUGAGAGAGAGUGUAGCUGCAGUGAUGUCAUCUCCUAAAGGUACUGCAGCACCAGACAAAGUAUAACCUAGAAGAACCUCAUGCCGAUAUUCACCCGGCUGGAAGAGAUCAAGAAGCACUUGUAUUGAGCAGACAGUGUUAAUUACUCACGUAUGAAUUAUUCAGCCUUUAAAUGAUUCGAUGAAAUAAAAAAGGCCUCCGGUCAAUAGCUGCCAACACUCGAGAAGACUCCAGACUCCCGCUGGGGGGAUUUCAGAACCAGUGAUGGGAUUGGAUCUAAUACGCCAGACCACAAAAUGACACCAGACACCCUAAAUCUUGGGCCGGCGUGCUGAAGCAGCACAGGCUGCACCUCACCGGACCAGCGCACCAUCGACCUGAGGAUCGAUCCACCGCGCUGAACAAUUAUGAAAGCUUGUGUACACGCAGAAUGUGAAAAUGUCUUUGAAGUUCGCUGAAGUGACCUUAAAUGAAGACUCCCUUCUGUUCACGCUGAUCUUUGACUCUACAACACUGAAUGUACCAGUAGACAAUGAGAUGAUCAUUUUAAUGAAACCCGCCUAGAAUCCCGCUUUCUGACACUGAUGAAAAAUGAUGGAAGGAUCCGCAUCCAGCGAUGACUGAAGUGUGAGCGCCAUCUUGUGGCCAAACGUGUGAUGUGCAUUGGCGAUGCCUUGUACUGUGAUAAUAAUGGCUGAAAAGGAGAAAUGGAGAAACUAACAAACUAGUAUUUCAAAAAAAGUAAAAUUUAGCAGUCUGGUUUAUCCUUGCUCUGAAAAAAUACACAUUUUGCCACACAAAAACACAAAACAGGCACAAAUAAUUCCUCACUGUCUCUACAGUGUCACUGUGUGUCUGAACAAACACGUAACUAAUGGUGGGAGAGCGAGUGUAAACAGAGUGUUGCACUUUGGAGCGAUCCAGCGUCUGUUUGUCCGGCUGCGAUGGCGCUGGCGCUGCCUCUCCUGCUUUUGGGCGUUCGGCUGAGCUCCGCAGGUCCAGUCUUUCUGUCCGGACCUGCAGCCGACACGGUUCUGCAGAGACACAAACGUCAUAACAGCGGCCUGUUAAUGGAGGAGCUGCUGAAAGGCAACUUGGAGAGAGAGUGCGUGGAAGAAAUAUGUGACUUUGAAGAGGCCAGAGAGAUCUUUGAAAACAACGAGAAAUCAAGGGCGUUCUGGGCAGGAUACGUUGACGGGAACCAGUGUGAACCGAAUCCGUGUCUCAACCAGGGGACGUGUGAAGACCACAUCGGCUCCUACGGCUGCAAGUGUCCGUCUGACGUCACCGGCAGAAACUGUGAAAUCGUUGUGCCCAAACGCUGUGACGUGAAUAACGGCGACUGUGAGCACUUCUGUGAACCCUCCGGGUCCAAGUGCUCCUGUGCGACUGGAUACAGGCUGAAGGAGAACGGCUUUGACUGCGAGCCGGAAGGUACAUGUUCUCUCUACCUGCUGAACCUCCACACACCUGAUCUCCAUUCAACACCGCGGCUCCUUCCACACAAUGCCAGUUGCAUUCCCGUGCGGCAGAACCGCCCCCGCGGCGCGGCCCGUGGCCCGGAGGUCCGUGCGUGGGCGCGAGACGUCGGGCCCGGACAACGCUACGACCCCGGACAGCGCCGCCGCUGCCAUGACCCCUCCCCCUCCCCCGUGGGAGGAGCCCACGGAGGCCGAGGAGCAGCCUCGCCCCAUCGCGCGCAUAGUGGGAGGCACGAGGGUGACCACAGGAGAGAUCCCCUGGCAGGCGGCGCUGAUGGCGCGUGCCGGCGGCCCGCCGUUCUGCGGCGCCUCCAUUCUGGGCCAACGCUGGGUCGUCACCGCUGCUCACUGCCUGGCGGAGUCACGGGGCGCCUUCUUCAUCAGAGGGAGAACGAGCUCCACGUCAGGGAGGGCACAGAGCAGGACUACGACGUGCUGGAGCAGCACAUACACCCACGGUACAACGCCACCCUCAGCUUGUACAACCAUGACAUUGCCCUGCUGCGCACGGAGGAGAACAUCACCUUCUCCAGAACCGCCCGGCCCAUCUGCGUAGGCCCGAAGGCUUUCACCGAGGCGCUGGUGAAGGAGGCCUCCCCGGCCACAGUGAGCGGCUGGGGCCGCCAGCGCUACCUGGGGGCCCCGGCCGACGCCCUGCUGAGGGUGGAGGUCCCGUUCGUGGACCGGAUGGAGUGCAAGCGCAGCAGCGGCGCCGCCGUCACCAGCGCCAUGUUCUGCGCCGGGUACCACAGCCGGGCCAGCGACGCCUGUCAGGGGGACAGCGGGGGGCCCCACGCCAACGCCCUUCACGACACGUGGUUCCUGACGGGCAUCGUGAGCUGGGGGGAGGAGUGCGCGAGGCGGGGGAAGUACGGCGUCUACACCCGCGUGUCUCAUUAUUACCCCUGGAUCAACCGCGUCAUGGGAAUAAGCUGACGCACGCCUGAUGUGCAGGAUCCUGAGCCUCACUGAUGCUCCCACUGGUUUUAAACCCAAUAUAGAAAUGCAUAAAUAUGACAACAAAUAGUAAAACUAGAUUAAAUGUUUGUUAAAAGAAC